AUGCCUCCAGCAGAGCCGGAAGUAAUAGAAAUACUUGACGAUGACGGCACAGCUUCGGAGGCUGAAAAUAAUAGUCCCUCUGCUUCAAAAUCGGCCCACAAAAGAAAACAUGAAGCUAAGAUAGAAGAGAAGGUCGAGUGGACAGGCGACGAGGAUGAUCUGCCUACGAAGCCAAAAAAGCGACGCGCCAAGCGCAAGUCAACACGAAAGAAGGGCCGAGAUGAUGUUGAAGUCAAGAAUGAAGCCCCUAAGGAGGACUUUGAGUUGGCAGAUUUGCCCCAAUAUCUCAUCGAGCGCAGGCGAAAGUUUGAUAAUAAGAAGAAGCUUCACCAUGACGCUGCUUUGAUGGUUCCUCCAGAUUAUUCUGGAAUUCAUUUCGAAGAAACGAGGAGAUUGAGAGAGUUAGAAGAGCGACCAAAGUUUCCUGAGAGUAGCGGUAUCAAGCCUUCACGACCAUACAAAGAUAUUGAGCUGCCACAAUCCGCAGGUCUUAUUCCGGCAUCCAUUGCACAGUACCUUCGAGACUACCAAGUUGCUGGUGUAUCAUUUCUUCACAGAAAGUUUGUCUACCAAGAAGGUGGUAUACUGGGCGAUGAUAUGGGUCUUGGAAAGACAGUACAAGUGGCUGCUUUUUUGACCGUUGCAUUUGGUAAAACCGGUGAUGAACGUGACGCCAAACGGUUAAGACAGAUUCGCCAGUCCCCUGAAAGAUGGUACCCGAGAAUACUGAUAAUAUGCCCUGGUUCUUUGAUUAUGAACUGGAAGAAUGAGUUGGAUCGUUGGGGAUGGUGGCAUACUGACUUGUUCCAUGGAUCACACAAAGAGGAUGCUUUGAGCACAGCCCGUGCAGGUCUAGUCGAGAUUAUGAUCACCACUUACGACACGUACAAGAACAGCCGGAGUUCUGUCAACUUGGUUCAAUGGGAUGCGGUCAUAGCCGACGAAUGCCAUAGAUUGAAAGACAGGUACUCGGAGACCACCAAGGCUCUGAACGAGAUCAACGCGUUGUGUCGUAUUGGCUUGACUGGCACGGCAAUUCAGAACCGAUACGAAGAAUUAUGGACACUCCUGGACUGGACCAACCCCGGUCACUUUGGAGCAAUUGCUGAAUGGACGCAAAGAGUAACCAAGCCAUUGACUGUCGGCCAGUCUCAUGAUGCAACGGUGGCUCAGCUCAGCCUGGCGAGGACAACAGCCGACAAACUGGUCCACAAUCUUCUGCCACAAUACUUUCUUCGGCGAAUGAAGUCUAUCAUAGCCAAGCAACUGCCCAAGAAGACUGACCGAGUUGUCUUUUGCCCCUUGACGGACCUUCAGAGGGAUGCUUACGAGAACUUUCUUGACAGUGCGGAUAUCGAGCUUCUUCGACAUCUCUCGGACCCCUGUUGUGAUGGCAGUAAGAGAGGGUGGUGUUGUGAUAAAUUCCUUUCUAAUGGAAAGCCAUGGCAGAGCAUCGUGUUCCCUAGCAUGAUGGUCCUGCAAAAGCUUGCAAACCACCUGACUCUUCUUGUACCACAGACUACUGAUCUGGAGCCGAAACACGAGUCGGACCUCACCACGCUUCGAACUUGUUUGCCUGAUACCUGGAAAUACAUCUACGAUAACCGGGACCGGAUUAAGAAUCUGGUGAACCCCGAAUUUUGUGGAAAAUGGAAAGUAUUGAAGAAACUGCUCAAGUUCUGGCAUGCAAACGGCGAUAAGGUGUUGGUCUUCUCUCACAGUGUGCGGCUUCUCCGUAUUCUGCAGCAUCUUUUCACCAACACGAGCUAUACUGUCAGUUAUCUGGAUGGCUCCUUGAGUUACGAAGCGCGCCAGGAGGUUGUUGAUACUUUCAACUCUGACCCGACGCAAUUCGUGUUUCUCAUAUCAACCAAAGCUGGAGGAGUUGGUCUCAAUAUUACAUCUGCGAAUAAGGUUGUUAUUGUCGACCCUCACUGGAAUCCUUCUUAUGACCUUCAAGCACAAGACAGAGCCUACCGUAUUGGCCAGACUCGCGAUGUCGAAGUCUUUCGUCUCAUUUCACUUGGAACUGUCGAGGAAAUCGUCUACGCGCGUCAGAUCUAUAAGCAGCAGCAAGCCAACAUUGGCUACACUGCAUCAUCCGAACGUCGUUAUUUCAAAGGUGUGCAGCAGGAUACAUCUCGGAAGGGUGAGAUCUUUGGACUCGCCAAUAUCUUUACAUACCACAACGACAGCGGCUUAUUACAGGACAUCGUCAACAAAACCAAUAUUGCCGAAGCCAAAGCGGGCGUUAAUCUUGUUGAUGUCAAUAUGGAGGAGGCAGCCAAGGACGGAGAGGAUCUGGGUGUGAUCAAGAAUGAAGAACCAGACAGCGAGGACGGUGGCAUGAGUCAACUUGCCACGAUCCUGACGUCCGAGAACCAGCAGCGGAUACUGGACUCUAAAAAGGCCAAAAAGCCCCACAGCGAUGCGAUACAAGCCAUCCUCACUUCUGCCGGUGUCGAGUAUACACACGACAAUAGUGAGGUAAUUGGGUCGUCCAAGAUCGAAGAACAACUCUCGCGACGGGCAGCCAUGAAUUCGUACUCUACAGGCGAGGGAAACAGUGCUCUCUUCGCCGAUACUGGUAACGAGCGUGGCCAAGGCUUACAUGGCAUAUACAACCCCCCUGAAGAGGUUAUGUUGCGACAUUUCUGCGAGAUGGCCAAGGAGUUUGGCUUUGCGAACGCAACGGAAUUUGCACUUGUGGUGGAAAGCUGGACACAGGAAGCAAGGCGAAACUGUCUAGAUCUAUUCUACAAGAAAAGAGAAGCCAAGCUCAUCCGAGAAGGGAUCAUCAAAGAAGAGGACGCGAAAGACGUUGCCAAAGAUGAGACUCGUGAUCCAGAUGCAAAGGAAGAGGUCAAGGACGAUGUGAAAAAUGAGAAAUUGGACAUCAAGCCUAUCCUCAAAGAUGAAGAUAUCAAGAAGGAUGAUGACAAGGAGAAGGUCUUGAAGAUGGAGACCGUGAAGACAGAGAGCGUCAAGACGGAGAACGUGAAGACAGAAAUUGUCAGCACAAAAAUGGAGGACAAGAAGAAAGUCAAGACGGAGCUUGCAGGGUCUAGUGUGCGAACCUCGAUCUUCCUGUCAGAUGACGAUGAUGAUGAUGAGUUGUAA